AUGGCUCCUCGUCUACGUCAUAUCGGGGCCAGUCGCAGAAAGAGACGGGAGGAAGAUGGUGAAGAUGAGGGCUCAAUGCCUGGGGACUUGGGAGACGACUCUUUGAGCGAAGGCUCUGCCGACAGUCACCAAGAGGAUGAAGAUGCAGAUGGAGAAGUCAGCGAGGAGAGUGAGGACGAGGUGGCUACGUUGAACAAGGUCUACGGUGGUGGAUUGGAUAAAUUCACACGGCCUAGCUCGACAUCACCAGAGAAAUGCGGACUUAAAACGACGGUUUCGGAUACAGAGGCAAUGUUGAACGGUAUGAAGGUCUCAGAUGUUGCAGAGGUUCAUCUCGACAACCUGAACGAACGGGAGCCUCAGACCGGCAGAACGCCGUCCGCCCCGCCAGCAGAAGGCAAUCGCAACAACCUUGCUUCCAGAAAGCGUCGCGAGAAUGAUAAGCAUGUCAAAGAACGGGAGCCCAACCUGAACCCAUCUUUCGUCCCCACUCGCGGCAGCUUCUUCCUUCAUGACAAACGAUCCACGGACAACGGUCAUCGGCUUAAGAGCAAGUCCCGUCCCUAUGGUCUCAUUGUAGACGGCAACUCGCGCAGAUCUUCUAAGCCCGAUUCCGGCGGAGGACAGUGGGCACACGACCUUCACGAUACCGUGGCUGGAGACGAUCGACCUGUAACGAAACGCCCAACACCAUCCGUGAUGCCUAACCCUGGCCCAUCUGUUCCCACCGCUCCGAGAUCCUCCCCGCCUAACCGGUCCUUUUCCAGUACAACAUUGGUUGGCAAUGUCCCUGUCGUUGUUUCCUUGCCCGGCAUGGCCAGUCCAGUACAUUUCUCUGCUGUGCCCAAGAGGCUCCACACCCGGUUACCUCAACAUCGACCCCCUUUGCGACGGGACAAACCGGUACGGAUCUCUCUUCCCAGCCAGCCGCCCCGAUACAUAUUCCCCUCCGUUGAACGCUCUUUCAUCUUCAUCCCCCGCGCUUUGCGGCCCAACCAAGUCUCUCGUGGUCGAGGAGGUCGUGGCGGUGGUUGGUACACCGGACGACGUCCCAGCUACUACCCUAAUUCUUCAUACACUCCGAGUGUCGUCAGUCGCCGAUCGUCUUUUGGCAUGCCACCUUCUCAGGAUGGCUGGCCAUCACCUGCUGGGUCUGUCUACUCUAGGCCCAUAAUUCCCACGGACCCCAAGCCUGUUGUCCGCCUUCCCCCUCCGCCUCGUCCACCUGUCGGGAUCCCACCAUAUGGGCCUGCGGUGACCAUGACCCUUCCUCACCCUGCCUAUCGCGAAAGCCGCCCCGCCCCGAUUCCCAUGCACCAACCUCGUCCCCAGAAGACCGUCUCUGUCGCGGACAUUGAAAGUCCGGCGACUUUCCCUUUCUCUUUCAAUCCGCCUCAGCCCCAACAUGAGCAGCCUUUCCACCAUCAGGUUCCUCUUCCGGUGCAUGGCCCUCAUGGCCAUGAGCUGCCUGGACAUGGCCCACCAAGUCAGCCUUCGGCCACCCCGCUCUCACAGAUUCCGGAGCGAGCGAUCCACGCACCGCCUUUCCAACCGUACAUCUACCAACAGCCUGGCUUCUACCCCACAAGUUAUCCUUCGGGGGCCAUCUAUUACCCGGCAUCAGGGCCUGAUUAUGGGGGUUAUAAUGGACCCGUUGGUCCCGGGGCUUCCAUGCCACAUUUCCCGGGACAACCAACGAUGCCAUAUCCAGCUGGCGAGCAGCCCUCUCAGUCUGGUACCGGUACCGUUGCCCAUGAAUCUGGUGGCACAGUCUACUUUUAUGAUGCCAAUAAUAUGUACGGCCCAGGCGCAGGACCAGGAUCCGGGCCUGGGGGUGUGGUCGGCAUGGGUGGGAUGAUGACGCCGCCAGGCACGACCUUCUACUACCCACAACACUCUGGCCAGUACUAUGGGCAGUGA